CUCAUCUCCCACCCUGGAAACACAGUCGACACCCCUACUCUCCGCCUAGGUCGCCUUGUUCCGUUUCACCCUUUCACUGCCCUGCCCUGCCCUGCCCUGCCCUGAUUUCUCCCAUAGCCGCAACCGGUUUUCUUUAUUGCACAUACAGAGUAAUACCAUCUCGAUCCUCGACGCGUACGCACACACUCGACUCUUGGUAUUGCAGUCGCUCUCCUCCACUAUUACUGGGGCUCGGCCUUGGUCUUGCUUUCCUCAUCGUAACCAACUACUACUGCCAUUGCAUCACGUCCACCUCGUACAGCAAUGGCAGCUUCACACAACUACCCCCAGUACCCUACCUCCUCCCCAUACUACGAGCCCAGCGACGUGUCGUCGGUAGACCCUUCCAACCCCAUGUUGCAGAGCAGUAGUCCUCCUCCACCACCCGCCCACCGAAGUCCCGUUGGAAUGCAUCCCGACAGCGCGUACGGCAACAUGCAAGGACGGCCACAGCAUGGCAACCCCAACAACUACUCGGAUUACACGCCGCCAGGCAUAACACCAGGUACGGAUAACCUUGGCGAAAGCGCUGCUGGUGGUGGCAUCAAUGGCAUCGCUAUCGGUGUCGCCAACGCAAACGAGCGCGAGAGUGGCCUUCAGGCUCUCCGAGACAUUGACAAUUGGGGACGAAAUGGUAACAAUCUUGCAGGUCCCUACAACGCGCCCCAGGACCGCAACUAUCAAGGCAACGCCUCUUUCGACGACCACCACUAUGGCUACGACCAGCCUGCACCUCCUCGACCCGUUCACUCGCAAUCCUCCUUCAACUCCAACGCUCCUCUAUCCGCCUCCGCCGCUAUGCCCCAUGCCGCUGGCAACACCUCCCCCAUCACAGGCUCCUCAGAGCGCAGUCUCCCUCUCUCCCAUCGCCCCUCGCCCUCGCAGAAUUACCAAGACACUCCCUACAACCGCUACUCUUCCUCAACCCUCCAGCACAUGGGCGCCAUCAACCCCAACGAAGCAGACGAUGAUGACGACUGGGGCAUGGGUCCGCAACAACCCAACCAACCAAAGCGACGGUCCUUCGUGCCCUUUGGCAACUCGCGCGACCAGAGUCGAGAGGGCACCCCUGGGUCCAGCGUUGCCGCACUAGGCGCGGGAGUCGGCGCUGGCGCCGCGGCAGGGACUUUCGCCGCCACGCGCGACCCAAGCGGGCAGUACAACGCGGUUCCUGGUGGCUCGGGCGGGAGCGCAAAUGGAAGCAGCAAUAUGGAGGCCCAGACAGGGGAGAAAUCAGAGUGGCUUGCUUCGCAAAAUCAUGGCAGCAAGAAACUGAAGUGGAUCGUCGGUACCAUAAUUGUCCUCGUCAUCAUCGGCGCCGUUGUUGGUGGUGUACUCGGAGCUUUGCUGAACAAGAACAAAGGCGGCGGCGGAGGUGGAAGCGGCAGCAGCGAAACACCGCAAACGGUCGCCGACGACAACAAGAAGGACCUGACAGCCGACUCUGCAGAGAUCAAGCAGCUCAUGAGCAAUACUGCGCUCCACAAGGUUUUCCCAGGAAUCGACUACACGCCCCUGAAUGCCCAAUAUCCCGAGUGCCUCCAUGUUGGACCCUCCCAGAACAACAUCACCCGCGAUAUCGCCGUCAUGUCCCGACUUACAAAUGCCGUCCGAUUGUACGGAACCGACUGCAACCAGACGGAGAUGGUAUUGGAGGCCAUUACCCGACUCAAAUUGGAGAACGAGAUGAAGAUCUGGCUCGGUGUCUGGCUCGGCAACAAUGAGACCACCAACGACCGACAGAUCUCGCAGAUGUGGGAUUUGAUCGACCACCACCAGGAAAUUGACGGCAACAAGAAGGCCAUCCAGAACAAGUUCAAGGGCAUCAUCGUGGGUAACGAAGUGCUUUACCGAGAAGAUCUCACGGAACAGGAACUGAUGCACAUCAUCGGCGACAUCAAAACGAAUCUGACGAAACAUGAGAUUAAUCUUCCGAUCGCAACCUCGGAUCUCGGAGACAACUGGAAUUCGCAGAUGGCAAACAGUGGCAAUAUCUCGAUUGUCAUGUCUAACGUGCAUCCGUUCUUCGCUGGUGUUACGGUUGAUAAGGCCGCCGGCUGGACUUGGGAUUUCUGGAACAAUCACGAUGUGAUUCUGACCAAGGGCAACGACGAUGUCAAGCAAAUUGUCGCUGAAGUCGGAUGGCCAUCUGGUGGUGGCAACAACUGUGGAUCCGGGACCUGUACGACAACCAGCGAAGGUUCCGUUGCUGGAGUGGAAGAAUUGAACCAGUUCCUCGAGGACUGGGUCUGCCCCAGCAUGAACAACGGCACGGAGUACUUCUGGUUUUCUGCAUUUGAUGAGCCAUGGAAGAUCCGUUACAACACCAAAGGAAAAGAAUGGGAGGACAAGUGGGGCUUGAUGGAUGUGAACCGCAAACUCAAGGACGGCGUCAAGAUCCCCGAUUGCGGCGGCAAGACAGUUUCAUGAUCUUGAAGCCUCACUUGCGUACUUCUUUCCCUUCUUUUCCGGAUACCUCUAUCGAUCUCAGCAUUAGCUCGGCGUUUGGCGGCAGCGCCAUUGGUUCGGAGUGAACCUGUGGCGCCACUUGUAUUU